CCGGCCGAACCAGCAGAACAGCCCGGGCGUGGCGUUGGCAGCUCGCGGGCCAGUGGGCAGCGCGACGCUGCGCAGCGAGGACAAGGUCCGGGCUCGACGUCCGGCCAGGUAGGUGGCCGGGACGGGUUGGGGAGAGCCGAGCCCCGGUGCAGAGUCGGGAGGGGCGCCGGGUGUGUGCGGGGGGACGGCGAGCUCAGGUGUGCCCGGCCUGCGGCGGGACCGCGCCCGCGCCGGGACAGGCCGGGAUCCCGGCGCCGCAACCAGCCUUUCUCUUUCCCUCUCCUGUCGCCACACCUGACUCACCUCACCUGCUUCUCCCGGCUCGGGACCACCGAGCGAGGCCCGAGGUUAGGAGCUCAUCGCACUCCUGCCUGGAGCUGUCAGCCGUCGGCCCCGGGUCUGCCUCUGUGCCCAGUCUCUGCGGAAGUUAGCACGGAGCGGCAGAGUCGGCCAAGGGAUGAGAUCCUCGAGGGAGAGGUAGAUGCAUUCCCUGCCUUCUGGGAGCUCACAGGGCCCUCCAGCAGAGAGGCUCACAGGGCUUAACGCGAGGCAGGACACCGAGGGGAGGUGUGUUAACACUGCCUGCCCCCCUUUUUAAAAAAUGAUGGAGUUGCCAACAGUUGUCAAAGGUGGCAGAGAGAACUGGGGGUAAAGACAGCCCAGUCCCCAGGAGGACAAGGCCAGGCCAACUGGAAACUAGUUCUUGAGCAGCACAGGAUACAGGCAGUCGCCUCGGCAUAGAGCCGCCUCGGCAUGGACAGCCCUGCCCGCCCAGCACCCGCCCCUGCGGCGCUGCUCUACUAUGUGGCCUUCUCCCAGCUGCUGGGCCUGGCCGUGGUGGCCACGACUGGCACCUGGCUCGGUGUGUACCGAGGAGGCAUCGCCUGGGAGAGUGCCCUGCAGUUCAACGUGCAUCCUCUCUGCAUGAUCAUAGGCCUGGUCUUCUUGCAGGGAGAUGCCCUGCUGGUUUACCGCGUCUUCAGGAAUGAGGCCAAACGCACCACCAAAGUCCUGCACGGGCUGCUGCACGUCUUCGCCUUCGUCAUCGCCCUGGUGGGCCUGGUGGCGGUGUUCGACUACCACAGGAAGGAGGGCUACGCCGACCUGUACAGCCUGCACAGCUGGUGUGGCAUUCUGGUCUUCGUCCUCUUCUUUGUGCAGGACCAAGUACAGCAAGUUCGAGCCCGAGGGCGUCCUGGCCAACGUGCUGGGCCUGCUGCUGGCCGCCUUCGGCACCGUCGUGCUCUACAUCCUGACCCGCGCCGACUGGAAGCGGCCCCUCCAGGCGGAAGAACAAGCGCUCUCCAUGGACUUCAAGACGCUGACGGAGGGCGACAGCCCCAGCUCCCAGUGAUGCGCGCCCCGUGCCAUCCCGUCCCGUCCCGCGAGGCGGUCUCCGCCGUUUCGGGGCCCCGACAGGUGUCUGUCCCGCACCCGCCGAGGCUCCGGGGGUGGGGAGUGGGGGUGGGGCAGCCUUCCUCCCUGAGCGCUGAUUUCCGGGGUUCAGGCCCCCUCCGCUUUCCCCUCCUCGCUGCUGCUGCUGCCGCCGCCGUCGUGUUAGUCCUGCGCAGACCCCCGCCCCCAUUGCCCCUGCCACCCCCUCAGAUGGAGCAGCUUUGGGUAGGGUUCUGGGCGGUUGGGCCUGGUCGCAGAAGCACAGAUCCCUAAAGGGGUCGGAGAUGGGGGGGCGGCUCCCCGCUCGGGGCAGCGGGGCCUGGGCGGUGUCCGUGGGGCUCAGCGCUGGGCCUGGCGAGGCCAAGACUUGCUUUGUGUGACACCAGGAGUCUUGCGGGCCCAGCCUGUGGCAGCAGAGCAAGUGAUAUUAUGUGUAAAAUAUGCUGGUGUCAGGGCAGGGAUCCCCAGGAGAUGGGAGGGACUGGCCCUUGGGAAGCUCUGGACGCGUGGCUUUGGCCCAGCUUCGCUCUGCAGCCUUCUCUUUAACUCCUUAGCCCCAGGGCGGCUUUCUUUGCCUUUGGGGCCCAGCAGCCCGAAGAAGAGGCAGGAGGUGGGCCUGGGCGGGCGUGCCGCCUGCAGGGGCUCCCCUCCCCGCGGGGCCGGCCUCGGCGAGCCAGCUGACCACCAGCUGCCCAUCCUCGGAGCUCACUCAGGCGCUGCUCCGACAGAGGCCCAGGACACAAGCCUUUUUGCUUUAAACAAAAAGCUGCCGCUGUUGCCCCCUUUCCCUUUCCAUAGGGAGGGUAGGGGCUGCCUGAUCAGGAGGAAAGCCUCAUCCUCUCCUACCUGGGGCCCAUCUUUGCAGGAAGUUGGGACCAAGUCAGAAUCGGAUUAAUUCCCCCCAACCCCAUGAGUGUGUAAUGCUGUUAGCUGAGUCACUGUUUGGCUUCUGUCUGGAAAUAACGUGAUUACAGCAUCGAUUUUGUGCUUCUGGGACUUGGUGAAUGCUCUCUCCUUGUUUUCCUCGUUUUCUGGGCUUUGAGGAGCAUGACACUGUUUGAGACAAGACACAGUUUACUUACAUGAAGACAUUAAUAAAAUUUCCAGAUCUGUUUUUUUUUUAACGGCUGCCUUUCUCACACCUAAAUGCUGCCUUCGAGAAAGGGGGCUUGUCUCCCCUAAUGCUCAGAUUUCUAAAAGAGCUUUUGCGGUGGGUCCUGCCUCAGGCGAUGCUGCUUCUCAGAGCAGGUGUUUGUGUUGGGCGCCUUACCAGCAGGGCUCCCUGCUCCCUCCUGUGGGCAUUCCAGGCUCUGCUGCAGCCCCGGCACCAGGGUGUCUCCGCACCCUGUUUAUAUCAUACGCUCUGCAAGGGCACGAGCUCUGGCAACUCUUUGAUCACCUGGUAUGGUCAGUGUUUACACGUGGUUUGAAAACUCCACCUUAGACAAACUAUCAGAGUACAGUUGUAUAUCUCCGUUGCCAGAAAGGCACAGAGAGGAAUGGAACCUUGGAUUUGCAAGAAAAGUCUGUAAGCUGGCCUUUUUGCCAAAGCAUAUAUGCUGGAUGACUCAUGAGCCAAAAAGCCUCCCCCGCACCCCCAAGCUGAUCCGUGGUGGUUUAUUUUAUUUUGCCUGUGGCCAAUCUUCUGUGAAGUACAAUGUAGUGUUCGCACAACAGAUGAUUCAAUAAAUGUCUAC